UCGACACUUCUUGGGGUUAUUCAAAAAUGAUGUCAAACUUCUUGAUGGGAGGAGGUUUAAAAUUUUGUGAAACAUCUACACCAAAAUGUGCAGUUUCUGAUAAUUGGGAGAAAAGACCCAAAAAACCAGACUGAAAGUGUGACAUAAUUUAGGAAGAACCCUGAUUAGUAAGCGACCCCUCGUGAAGCGAACUGUAACAUCAUUUAUAAACCAUUUUCUCGUCGACUUUCAUUUUUUUCAUAGAAUAAGAGAGCGAUUGGCACAACGCGACAAGUGUUUUAAAAGUUUUAAUUUUUUGAUUUUAACAUCAAUAGAGCGUGAGAUAGAGAGAGAGAGAUAAGAAGAAAAAUGAGCGCAGCAACUGGAAUGAUGCCUGAAUUAGGCUCAAAGAUUAGUCUCAUAUCGAAGGCUGAUAUCCGAUAUGAAGGAAGACUAUUUACUGUCGAUCCACAAGAGUGUACAAUUGCUCUAGCUAAUGUGAGAUCGUUUGGAACAGAGGAUAGGGAUACGCCGUAUCCAAUUGCACCUCAGCCAACAGUCUAUGACUAUAUAUUGUUCCGUGGAUCAGAUAUAAAAGACAUUCGUGUGGUAAACAAUGUCGCCAUUCCUAAUGAUCCAGCUAUUAUGCAAAUGCACUUGCCGCCUAAUCAGAUUCCACCACAACAACAAGGAUUUCCGCCUCAAAGCUUUCCACCAAUGCAGCCACAAGUCGGACAAUAUGCGCCCUUCAGUCAAAUGCAAGGACCACCUCCUGUAACCAAUAAUAAUCCUUUGCAAAAUAUACCGCAACAACAACAACAGCCUCCACCUCAACAACAGGCUGUUCAAUCUCCAAACCAACAGCAGCAGCAGCAACAACAAUCGCAAUCGAAUCAACAAGGUAACACGACCAACACUUUAACUUCUUCCUCUUCUUCUGUGCACUCUAAGAAAUCCAGUGAGUUAUCUAAAAUUGACAAACCAUCUGAAAAGUCGUCGUCAAAUUCCCAAUCGACAGGUCCCAUUAAUAUGAGAAAGCAAAGCAACAAAAGCCAAGAUUCGCGUUCUGGAACUCCGAAUGCAAGAAAGUCACCAACAAGUGACAUGGGCGUGCAAACUAAUCAGCAUCGCGAAAAUGCUGGAAAUAAGGAUCGAAUGCAAAGAAAUCAACGAAAUAAUAAUAUGAGUAAUAUGCAUCAUAAUCAUGAGCGACGAGAUUCUGGACGUAAUGACCGAAAUAAUGAUCGCAUUGAGCGUAACGAUCGCAAUAAUGAACGUAACAAUGAAAUGUACGAGAACAAGGGAGGAUAUCGCCAAAACAAUCAACGCAUGCCGACUCAACGUGGUGGCUAUCAUAAUCAUAAUAAUCGAAAUAAUCAUAUGCGUGGAAAUCAAGGAGGUAGCGGUAGAAUGCGUGCACCAAAUUUUCAGUUUUAUCGACCAAAUCAUCAUAAUCAGAAUAAGCCAAACGGUGCUCCCCAAACCAAUCAAGGACGAACAAAUCCUAACAACAAGAACACGCUCAAGUUUGAAAAUGAAUUUGAUUUUGAACAAGCGAAUAGUAAAUUUGAAGAGUUACGUACACAGUUGGCAAAAUUGAAGGUGGGAACUGAAGAAAAUAAACCAGAGCAGGUUAAUGGAGAAGUUGAGAAGAAAGAUGACUCUGGAAACGAGACAGGCGCUGACCAUGAAGGAGUAGAAGGUGAUGAUGUCCAAGGAUAUGACAAGAACAAGUCAUUCUUUGACAAUAUUUCGUGUGAAGCCAGUGAACGCUCAAAAGGCAAGCAGAAUCGCCCAGAUUGGCGUCAAGAGCGUAAGAUUAACAGUGAGACUUUCGGUCUAUCGAUGAACCGACGAGGAAACAUGAGAGGACGAGGAUAUUACAGAACUCAAUACAACAAUCGCCCAAAUUAUCGUCCAGGCGUUCCACCACAAUACCGAAACAGCAACAACAAUCGUAAUAAUCCUAACAGUAACAAUAAUCGUAGUGUCCAAAAUAACAAUGGGCGCACUAAUAAUCCAGGCCAACAAACUCAACAGCCUCAACAAACCCAACAGCCAGUGGCUGCAAAAUAAAAAGAGCGUUUAAAUAACCAUACAGUUUUCCUCACACACAAAGGCUCUGUGAGGAAUUUGCAACGUGUUUCUUUAUUUCAAUUAAAAAACAUUAAUUAUGAUUAAUUUCCAAUAAUCGCUUAGUCUAAGCGACUCAUUUUACACACAUUUCGAUUACUUUUCAACUGAAAUUUUCAAUAAGCGGCAUUGAAACAUUUCAUCAAUAGAAUUACUACGUUGAAAUUCAUAUGAUUAACCUUUUUGCAUUGGUCACUCACAUAAAUAAGUAUUGAAUUAUAAAAAUUUAGAGGCAAAACAAAAGAAGAUGAUAAAAAAAAAUGUGAAAUUCAGAGAACUUGCUAUGCAUAGAACACAAGAUAAGAAGAAAUCCCACUAAAUUAGUGUCUUAAACAAAGGAAAAAAAAAACCUUUGCGAUACAGCAAAUCAACAAGAAAAUAAACCUAUAAACGCUCUAUAACAUCGUAUUUGAUAUAAAAAUGAAUGAUUUGAAGCUGAAAAAGAUAAUAAUAAACAAAAACAUUAUACGAUAAUUGUAAAACAUUUAAUUAGAUUAGCACAUCAUUAAUUUCUCCAAGAUAUAAUUUCUAUUCAUUUUCUUGUAAAGACGAUCAACGCCGGCAAUUAAUAUAAAUUAAAAUUAGUUUAAUAAUUCUGGGAUAAUGUGAACAAAUACAAAAACUAUAUUUUGAAGGGCUUAAUUAAUCGCUAUGUAAAAAAAAUAACCCAUGCAGAGAUCAUGGAAGCUAAGGAAUGUGUAAAGAUAUUGCAGUUCUCUCUAAUAACAUAUGUAUAGCAUGAAAUGCGCUUCGUGUGCGCUAAUUUGCCGGCCAUAGAGCAUGAAAAUAAAAAAAUGUGUAAUGACAAAUUAAACAAAAACUUGGACUACAGACAAUCUUCUUGCAAUAACUGAUCGAUUUGAUUGAAUUGGACUUGUUCCUUGAACUUAGAAAUUAAGCUUUAUGUGAGUAUAAGUUAAGCCAUUAGAAUGAAAAGCGCAUUUUUCUCAUUUAACUGUCAAAUUUGGAAUUCCAUUGAAAACGGCUUUUUUUAAAAUUUGAAAAAAAAAUUGUUUACAACGACUUUUUGAAAAUUGAACAAAAUCUGUUUUCAACGGUUUUUUGAAAUUUGAAUUGUGAUUCAUUGAAAAGUGCGCACAAAAAUUAAUCCUUGGGAUUUAAAUUUAAAUCUCGAGACUUACUUCAAGGCAAGGACCAAUGUCAAUCAAAUCGAAACAAAAUAAUGAUAGGCAUGCAGACUCAAUUAAUAAGUGGAAUGGAAUAAAAGAUUGGAUAAAAUAAUUUUUUACAAGACUUAAGGGAGAUUUUUAAGGCAAACAAACAAAAGAAUGACUAUUUUAUUCUCAUAUUAAAUUAAUUAAUGUAGUAAAUAAUGACGAAAAAAAAACAAUGAGAUAACGAGAGUGAAUCCAAUAAUAUAGUUAAAAAUUUCCUUAAGUGAUUUACUCGAUCCUUUCGAUGACUUUUUCUUUUGAAUCAAUUAUUCUCAUUUAACUCGUACGCAGCAAGCAUAUAGCAGAGAGGAUCAGUAAAAUAGUUAAGUGAAUAAUUAAAUAAAUUAAUGAAUUAUGGAAUGUUUAAGCUAUGGAUCCUAAUGAAAAGGAAGUUUGUUGGCAUUUAUGAGUUGCAUCCAAUCAAAAUUGCAUGUUGAUUUCUGUAGAUCUAUCGUUACUGCCCUUCAUUAUUAUAUCGUCCAUCCCCCAUCAACACAUAUGAAAACUUGAUUAACUUAUGGCAAUGAAUGCUCAUUCCCUUUGAUAUAAAUAAACAUAUUUGGAUGACAAAAAGAAUUAAUUAAAAAAAAAACUUCCACUCCGGGAUAGAAGUAAGAACAUAUUAAGAGAUAUAUUGACAGGGAUAAAACAUAGAUUUUAAAAAUUAUUAGAAGCUAUAAACUGAUUGUUUUACUGAUCAUGAAUGAGCCUUCAUUGUCACAGAAAUUCUCUUAAUGAAAGACUUGUUGGAGAUGACAAGCGAAGUGAUUUUAGUUUUUUUUUUGUUAAUAACAAAUGUCCUCAAUUAAGGAAUAAAGUGAAUUGUGAUCACACGUGAAGGUUGAGAUGAAAAAUAAUUCCAGGGGUCGUUCAUGAUUUUUUUUAAAAAAAAAACCCUCCUCUAAUGACACUAGAAGCGUAUCCAGCAGUUUUUAAAUGUAAAUGGGAGGGGUUAGUUGAUCGAAGGGGUAAAUAUCAUUCCUGGAUACGCCACGUGAAUGUCAUUAAGCAUUAGAACCCCCUUAAAAGUUGAACGACCCCUAGCUAAGAAUACUAAAUACUGUUUUUAAUGAGAUGAAAAGAUUGCAUUGUAAUGCACAAGUCGAUCGAAAGUAAAACAAUUAUGUGGAAGUGAUUUUUAUGAAAAAAAUAUUUGAUAUAAAGUAAAACUGAAUCUAAUAAACUACAUACAUUGAUCUUAAUGAUGGAUAAAUGGAUAUGACUAAUUUUGUUGAGAGAAUUGUAAUGAAAAUUUGAGUUGUGAAGAAAGAAAAAUAACAAAAAAAUAAUAAUUCAGGUAGAAAAAGAAGAAAAUAAAAAGUAAAGGCAACAACUGGAGUGGAA